AUGAAUGGUAUCAUUGCCGUUGACAUAUUGAUCGAUAACGACGGAAAGUUGGUGAUGUAUGGUGCCCCCAACAAGGACGCUGUCUACACGGUUUCCGGUAAACUGCGCAUCGUUCUCUCAAAACCAUUGAAAACAAAAUACGUCUCCAUAAAGCUGAAAGGAAAAUCAGAAUAUUCCGACUGGGAGAAUCAAUAUUCCUGUAUCAACGUCCUAAAGCUCGAUCAAACCCUGAUAGAGAGAGAAACUUUGCCGCGCGGUGUUACCGACCUAGACUAUGAAUUCACGGUUCCGGGCAAUAUCCCGCAAACUUAUGUCACAAGUUUUGGGUUGAUUAGGUAUAAAUUGGUGGCAAUGGUGCAACCAGCCUCGCUGUUGGCAAAGUAUAGCAGAGUCGAGCGAGGAAUAAAUUUCGCUAGGCAUUACUUGCCUUGCAGGCGGGAACUUUUGCCAGCCCCACCAACCAAAGUUUACAGGGGCAGGCGAAAAAAUAUACUGAAAUAUGAGUUAGACGUCCCGACGGUGGUAUGCGUGAAUGAAAAGAGUUUAUUGAUUAGGAUUAGAUUAUUUCCGUUGAAUGAACAGGGAAGAGUGAAAAGUAUCACAUUUGAUUUGGUUCAAUCGGAAAAGUAUAGAGUUCAGCCGAGUCCACAAGAUUUGUCAGAUUUUGCGAUCGAUGGGGCCCAGCUAGUAGGCAGUGUACAAUUGAGUGGGUCCUCUUCCACAAAACGAAAACGUUCUCACCCUAUAAAACCCACGACCCUAAUCAUCUCUUACGAUACCGACACCUGGAAUAAUCCAUUAACCUACAACCUUCCAUUUGCUCAAUACAACAGUCAAAGCCAAAAUCAGGCGCGCAGGAGUCGUCUCAAGGCUACCGUAAAGUCUCCAUUGAUGAAGGUUCGCCAUAAGCUAAAGUUGGUGAUGACUUUUGAUGACGAAUCCGAAAAACAACUUGAAAUCGGUUUUCCAAUAAUCGUCACCACCAUACCAGAGGGAGACAAUUCGCUGUAUACAAGCGGUCUGGAUUUUGGUGGUUUACCAUCAUACGAUGACGCGAUGGUGGAGGAUUCACCAACAAUUGGUUAUUACGAUAAUGAAAUACAUUCGAGGCCCGAAACUCCUGACAUUUACUCGGACGUGACUUCCCGGAAUCAAUCGAGAGGUAGCACGCGCCCUACCACGCCAAUCAACAUUCACGAAGAUGGUGGUAAUGCAAGUGCGGAUAACACCCCGGUGAAUCCAUUUACGGCUUCUAAGAGUACUCUCAGACCUUUUCACACAGAUUACUUCUCAUUUAAUUCAUCGACCGCCAGCAAUAACGAUAGCGACAGCGAUAAUCACGUUAAUAUCAACAAUAGGCCUCAUCAACCAUUGAGACAAAAGAAAAGUCAACGUACGCUGGCACAAUCACUUGGACGUUUGCUGUUGCGCAACGAAUCAUCAUCAUUGAAUUCACAAAACGCAUCGGCAUCGACUACGCCCAUGAUGCUUACGCCUUCCUCCUCCCCUCCAACGCAGAUGAGUUCUUCUCCACCACAUUUUGAGAUUACAUCCCCAAAAUUCCAAUCCAACACGGAUGACCAUCUACAAACCUCUUCAUCAUCCGUCCCGAAAUUAAGACCACUAAGAAGUAUGACAUCGUUGUCAACCGCAGCCUCCUCUACCAAGAAUGAUGGCACAUCUAUGCCACAUGAUCAGAGGAUAAGCCAUUUAUAUGCAACGCGCGCGGGCCGGGCAAGUUGGUAUCUUAAUAUGCCGGACGAAGACGAUCUGUUACAUAAUACGCCAGAGAUCCGUAGUGCUCCAAGUAGUCCUCGGUUGGCAGGAAUUAAUAUGAAUUUUAAUUCCACUGGUAACAACGGAGAUGAUGGUUCAUCAAGCAAUGAUAAUAAAUUAAUAGUUCCGAGUUUCCUCAUAAUAUAA